AUGCUAACUUCAGCUAGAAAUCUAUCAAGCUCCUUGCAAGAACAAUAUGCCAUCAACACGGAUGGAUCCGAGGCAAAAAGUGGACAGCAUCCGACCAAGCCACAAGGAAGUGAGCUCCUUGCUAUUGAGAAGGGUAAGACCGUCGGAAAGGCUCAAGUCGAUGUUAGUGUGAAGACUGGUGCUCAAAUCAUUUACUCCAAAUAUGCCGGAACUGAAGUGGACUUGAAUGGAGUAAGCCAUCUUUUAUUGAAUGACGAUGGCAUUGUUGGUAUUCUCGAGACCGAAGAUGUCAAGGAUUUUAAUCCCCUGAGCGAACGCGUGUUAAUUAACGUUGAGGAGGCCGAGAAGGAAACUGCUGGUGGGUUACUUCUAACAGAGGAUAGCAAGGAGAAGCCCUCCAUUGGAACGAUAAAAGGUCCUUCAUUUCAGAGUUUACAAACACGAAUGCAACACCUGAAAAAAAAAAAUCAAGCCAUCAAAGAAUUUCAAAUGGAGCUACAAAAAGCUGUUGGAGGAGAAGAAAGUGGGGAGAAGCAAUAA